AGUGUUGAAUCUGGAUUUGAGACGUGAUGCCCCUUCGACCUCUUCUAGAGCCACCCUAACACUUCCAAUUCAAUAAUUAAAUAAUUAUUAUAAUAAAAUAUUACCUAUAAACGCAUCCACGGUCAUGUCGUCUUCAGUUCGCAGACUCACAAUGGCAGCGAUAUCGAACUCCUUGUCACUGAAGCAGGGUCUUUUUCUUGGGUGUCCUCGAACAACAUCUCUGACUCUGACUCUGACUCGAGCUCGUCCUUCUUCCACUUCCCUCCAAUUCCGAAGAUGUUACGCCGCUUUCGCCAAUGAGAAUCGCGAGUAUGUGAUUGUUGGCGGUGGAAAUGCCGCGGGAUAUGCUGCUCGCACUUUCGUCGAGCACGGCAUGGCUAAUGGCCGCCUUUGUAUUGUGACCAAAGAGGCAUAUGCACCUUACGAGCGUCCCGCACUGACAAAAGCCUAUUUGUUCCCGCCGGAUAAGAAACCAGCGCGCCUUCCUGGGUUUCACACUUGUGUUGGAUCCGGUGGAGAAAGGCAAACUCCGGAGUGGUAUAAAGAGAAUGGGAUAGAGAUGUUGUAUGAAGAUCCAGUAAAAAAUAUUGAUAUUGAAAGUCAAACUUUGACAACAAUUUCUGGAAAGCUUCUUAAGUAUGGAUCGCUUAUUAUUGCUACAGGAUGUACGGCCUCGAGGUUUCCAGAAAAAAUUGGGGGAAACCUACCUGGUGUUCACUAUAUCCGGGAUGUUGCGGAUGCUGAUGCACUGAUUUUAUCAUUGGAAAAAGCAAAAAAGGUUGUAGUUGUUGGAGGUGGUUAUAUAGGAAUGGAGGUUGCUGCUGCAGCUGUUGGUUGGAAACUUGAUACAACAAUCAUAUUUCCAGAAGAUCACCUCUUGCAAAGAUUGUUCACUCCUUCUUUAGCCCGGAGAUAUGAAGAACUAUACCAGAAUACUGGAGUCAAAAUCUUGAAGGGUGCCUCCAUAAAAAAUUUAGAAGCUGGUUCUAACGGACAAGUAGCUGCUGUGAAACUUGGAGAUGGGUCUAUUGUAGAAGCUGAUACGGUAAUCAUAGGCAUUGGAGCAAAACCUGCUGUUAGUCCCUUUGAGGGGGUGGGUCUGAAUACCGAUGUUGGUGGUAUACAGGUUGAUGGUCAGUUCCGGACAAGCAUUCCUGGAAUCUUUGCAGUUGGUGAUGCUGCAGCUUUUCCUUUAAAGAUCUAUAACCGUAUUGCUAGGGUGGAACAUGUAGAUCAUGCUCGUCGCUCUGCACAGCACUGUGUGAAAGCAUUACUCAGUGCACAAACUCACACGUAUGAUUAUCUUCCAUACUUCUACUCAAGGAUUUUUGAAUAUGAAGGGAGCCCUAGAAAAGUAUGGUGGCAGUUCUUCGGAGACAAUGUUGGAGAAACAAUUGAAGUUGGAAAUUUUGAUCCUAAAAUAGCUACUUUCUGGAUUGAAUCUGGUAAGCUGAAAGGAGUUCUCCUUGAAAGUGGGAGCCCUGAGGAAUUUCAGCUCCUGCCUAAACUUGCCAGAAGUCAGCCUCUGAUUGAUAAAGCCAAACUUCAAAAUGCAACUUCAGUGGAGGAGGCCCUAGACAUGGCUCGGGGAUCCUUGCAAGUUGAAGCCGCUGUCUAAUAUAGAUCUUGGUAACAUCAUCCUGUAAUUCAUCUUCUUUUACGGCUAGAUUACCAGUGAUUAUCUGUCAUCAUCCGAGUAGGGAUUGCCCCUUAUAGAGAGAAUAAUUUUUAUGGUAUUUUCAUAUUGGUCACGUGGCAUUAUGAAUAGUUUUCAAGUGGAAUGUCUCAUUUGGAUUUGAUCUAGCGCCAUAUGGCGUCUACGAAAUUUCUUAAUAAUAUAACCUUUGUCUU